AUCCCCCAGCAGGAAGUUACCCUUCCCAGGUUAUGUCCCCAGUAGUCUGGCAGUUAGCUUUUCUAAGUAGUCAGGCAGUUAGCUCUAGUAGUCAGGCAAUUAGUCCCCUCACAGUAGUCAUGCGGUUAGCUCCCCUGCAAGUAUACGGCUAUCCCAGUACCACCAGUAGGCAGCUUUAAUCAUCCUCCUCAGUGGGCAGUUGUCUCUAUCCCCCCAAGUAGGCAGUUAACCCCCUCAAUAUAGGCAUUUAUUCCAAUCUCCACAGUAGACAGGUAUGCCCAUCCACCUCAGUAGGCAAUUAUCUUCUCGAUAUAUGCUGUCAUCCCAAUCCCCCGCCCCACUAGGCAGUUAUUCCCCAAAAGUAGACUAGUAUCCCACCCCUCCACCCCCAGGUGGCAGUUAUCCUCCCCUGCCAAUUUAUCCUCCUAGUAGCAAUUAUAAUAAAAACUAAACACUGGCUAAGACAGGACACCGCUGUGGGCAGUGAUUGGCUUAGAGGUGAUGUAUUGACCCUCAGAACCAGGAAGUGGAUCGCAACAAACUGGGAACUGCAAUACUGGAGCGGAGCGAGGAAGUGAAGGAAAGGGUGCUAAAUCAAAAGGACCACUGCAUGGAGUCACAGGGAGAAGUAGUGCAUUUUACACUUCAGGUAGAGGAUACAAAAGACCAGACACAAAUGCAAUCGCUAGAAAUGCCUGGUAAUUCCACAAGUGUAAUGGAAUCAUUUAUACCUUCAGCAAACACAGGCCUGGGGGAGACUUUUGUUCCCCUGGACAGCAAUUUUCAAUAUGAAGUAGUCAAGGAUAAGAUUUAUGUAGUAUGUCAGGCUUAUCAAUCUUUAACAGUUCGUUGUGAAAACAGGGAACUAAUAUUGUCCAGUAAAUUAGAUAUAUCACACAUGAGAGCUGCACGUGAUGAGAUCAAGAAUAUAAUAAGUUCAGUUACAUUUCGGAAAAUUGAAGUGUCAAAAGCUAACGCAGAUUUCCUUAACUCCUGGAACAGUAAAGAUAUUUCUGAAAAAUUAUUUGGGGACUUACCUGAAGGCAAGGUGAUUCUGGAUGUUCCCAGAGGACUCUGUCUAUAUGCUCCUUCUGAAAAUCACCUUUCCCAAGCAGAGUCUAUCUUGCUAAAACAUCUUCGGCAUGGUAGUAUGAAAAUCAAGGCAAAUGAGAAAGACAUUGUAUCAUCACAACAUUGGAAACAGCUGUGGGAUAAGUUGAUGGAUGACAUACAUAUCCAAAUAAGUCUUCAAGAUGAUGAUAACACUGAUGAUCUAAUCCUCACCAUUGCGGGUUUUACUGAAGACGUGAACAAAGCUUUGAAAGAAUGCGAACAUCUCUUACAUCACAGACAAUCUGUUAAAGAGGAAGUUUAUUUGAAGGAUGAUUGUUUCAAAGAAAAACUAGAGGAUUUGCUUAAAAGGUUUAACCUUGGACCAUUAUCAGAACAGGUACAGAUUAUAAGAGCCGGAGGUCAAACAUUAACCUUGAUGGGACCACGUGAAGAGGUGGAAAAAUCUAAACGUGUACUCGAAAAGUUGAUGCAGAAGCAUGUUGAAAAGUUUUGUAUCACUAAGUAUGGGGCAACAAGUUUUUUUAAGAACCAAGGGAAAAACCUAAUAGAUGAUGUACAAAAGAAAUUUGACUGUUGUGUCUUCAUUUCUGGCUCUGCAAACAAAAACAGCAAGGCAGAAGGUGAAGACAAAACUAAGGUUAUGUCUCAAAGUAUUAAAGACAAAGACAGCAGUGAAAACGAAGUGAAAAGAUAUGCCUCAUGUGAUAAAGGGGUCCAUAAGGAUGGAGACAGUGAAAGUAGUAGGAAAAAAGGAAGAUCAAUAGAAAAAACAGCAGCUGUACUCCAGCUCAUAGUGAGCCUCGGAAACCUUGAAAAUAAAAAAGCAAAUGCAUUUGUAGCUCCUCUGCCUUCCACCAGACCACAUCUUGACUCUUUAAACGUAACAAAAGGACUAAAAAAUAAAGGAGGCGAUAAAUUCUCAAACCUUUUCUCAGCAGUUUUUGGACAUCAAACCACUCUGCAAAGUGGACAACACUUUCCAAUGCCAUUGACUGGUGAAAGCUACUUAUUGGACUGUAACUUUGUCAUUUUUAUUGCAUGUCAGCCAUGGGAUGGACCUGAUGGCUCAUCAGUCAAGGCUCUGAAAAAAGGACUUUGUGAUACUCUCAACUAUUGUCAUACUAAGAAGUUACAUUCGGUAGCUAUGUCUGUAAUCGGUCCUGGGAAAAAACUUUGUUAUCCCUCUGAGGAAGCAGUAGGUAUCAUUGGAGAAGAAGUUAAAUCCUUUGUGGAAAGACAACCAAACACAAGUGUGAAGAAAAUUGAGCUUGUAAUUCCCACAGAAAAUAAAAGUCUUUACUAUGUCUGUAGAGAAAAACUAUUGGAAAUGAUUUUGGAUGACCGGAUUCAGUUGUGCAAUGAAGAUGGGGUUGCUUUCCCGAAAAUAUCUAUUGGUGAACACAGUAAAGUGAAAAUUGGAAAUGUAUCUUUAGUUGUUACGUACAAUGAUAUAACAAAGGAAUCUACGGAUGCCAUUGUAAACUCCACCAACUUUGUUUAUUGGAACAAAAAUACUGUGGCUCAUGCUAUUUUCACAGCAGCUGGACAAAGUAUUAUAAGGGCAGCUCAGCAUGGUUCUAAAAAUAAAGUUGUUAUGACAGAAGCAGGAUCUGGCGAUUUAAAAUGUAAAUAUAUUAUGCACUGUAAUUGUAAUCAAGAUGUGAGCAACAUUUCUGUUCUUGUGAAGGAAAUUAUACUCCAAUGUGAAAGGGUGGGCUUACAUUCUGUAGCCAUUCCAGCCAUUGGCACAGGUGAAUGCAAAUUUGAUCCAGAAAUUGUGGCCCAUGUUAUGGUUGAUGCAAUAGCAACACUUGCCAAGACUGGAAACAUGACUAGUUUAACCUCUGUUCGCCUGGUUGCGUUUCGCCCCUUCAUCUACUACAUUUUACAAGCUGAACUGAAAAAGUUGUCCAGACCUGUGCAGGAAUCAUCCUGGAAUCCAUCAGAAUUGCUUACUUCACGAUUAAAGUUUCAGUGGUUUCCAGAAAAUGAGGCAAUUGCAGACUUCCCAACUCUUCAUCACCCUCUUCAGCCUCCAACAACCCAGCUGGUUAUUGUUACAGACAAGAAGGACAAAAUGAAUGAAAUCAAGCGUUCUCUCGAAAACGGUUUUGAAAAUGCAGUAAAAUACAAAUCAGAAAAAAUAGAACAACCCCUACUAAAAACAUUCUCUCUGGAUGAAAUUGAGAUGGUUUUCUCUGUUCUGAAUGACCAACCUGAAGUUGAAAUGAUAUUGGACCGAUUGAAUAGCUGUAUCAUUAUUGAAGGCUGUGAAAAGGAUGUUGUUGACGUGAUGUUAAAAGUCCAGACUAAUCUUGCUACUAUUAUCAUGGAAAGACUUCAGUUAGUAACAAUAGAGAGGGCAGGGCUCUUGGUCCAGUGGGGGUAUUCCGAUAGUAAAGAUUCUAAGCCAUUUACAGUGGAGGCCAGUCAGUUACUUGAGGAAAGAUACCAGGCUGGGAAAAAAGGAGCUGUAAUAGUCAAACUUGAAGGUCAGAUGGAAGCUUCUGUUAACCUGGAAACGAUGAAAGCAGUUAUUGAACCAACAAAAGAGAAGGUGAAUGUUGUAAGGCUGGACUUAGAAAGAGAAACUCAAUGCCCCUUUCACUGGAACAAUAUGAAUGGGCUCUUGUUAAAGGUUGUAGAACUGGAUACUAACUCAGAGGAAUAUGAAAGAGUUAAAUCCAAUUUCAAUAGAACUGUCAACUGCCCUAUUAAGAAGAUUGAAAGAAUCCAAAACAAGCAUCAACACAUAGCGUACAUGUCGAGGAAGCGUUACAUUACAGAGAAAAAUGGUCCCUGCCAUGUCAAUGAGAAACAUCUUUUCCAUGGCACAGCACCCCAGAACUGUCAUUCCAUCAACUACAGUGGGUUUAAUCGAAACUUUGCUGGACAUAAUGCGGCUUCAUUUGGUAAUGGAGUUUACUUUGCAGUGAAUGCCAGCUACUCAGCAAAUCGGACCUAUUCUCCUCCAGACCCAAACACUGGAGAGAGGUUCAUAUACCAAGUGAAGGUGCUAGUUGGUCGUCAUACUAAAGGACAAUAUGGAAUGAAAGCCCCUCCUUGCAGAACAGAAAACGAUCCCUUUGACUACUAUGAUAGUUUAACAGAUAAAAGCAAUGAUCCCACCAUGUUUGUUGUGUUUCAUGAUGACCAAGUGUACCCUGAGUACCUCAUUACUUUUACAUAAAGCCUACAUUAAUAUAUUACAGAAUAUCUCUCUCUCUCUCUUUCUCUCUCUCUCUCUCUCUCUCUCUCUCUCUCUCUCUCUCUCUCUCUCUCUCUCUCUCUCUCUCUUUCUUUCUCUCUCUCUCUCUCUCUCUAUAUAUAUAUAUAUAUAUAUAUACGGAUGCAUAGUUGAACUUCUUUUUAGAAAAUAGUAUACUCGCUUCUUAUCUUAUACAUUAAUUUAGGUAUAGCUAUAAGGUAUUUCUACUGAGCCAUCUUUUUAAUGAACAAACAUUUGCUUUGCCAAAUAGUGCCUCUCUUUUCUACUACAUUUUAUUAUCUUAUAUAAUGGGCUUUAUUUAACCAUUAGUCUGGUGGCAUGUGACAAUAGGAUCGAGAAUAAGGUGUCUAUAUUGCAUCUUCAAUUCUAAGUAAAAUCACUCCUGAUAUUUUGCUUAUUAAACA